GGAAGAAACAAUCGAAAUGCAUUAUGGGUAAACGGGAAGUAAACACGAACACGUUGAACAUGGAUCAUUCAAAGCAGAACCAAACUUCAGACAGAAACAGAGUUAAUAAGACGGAUAUUUUACGGGACUUUCAAGUAUCGUUUUUCGCAAUGAGUCGUCUGGUUACAUUUCCCUGGACUUUUUUAGAAAAAGAUCUUGAAAGCAACAAAUCAUCAGACCUGAUUUCUGACAUCCUAAAACAGACAUGUCUUCACUCUUUGUGCCGGAAAUUUCCACCAUCAGUCAGAUACAGGAAGCUGUUCCUCUCUGAGAUCAUCAGACGGCAGGAGGCUGCAGGCUGUGAUCCUCUGGACGAGCUGUACGACGCGCUGGCUGAAGUGGUGGGAGCCGAAGAUGCGACUGAAUGUUACAAAAACUACUUACUGCCCAGUGGAGAUGCUGUCAGCCUGCUGGAAAAUGUAGCUCUGAUCUCAGAGGGGACCACUGGUCUGGUGACCUGGGAGGCUGCUCUCUACCUGGCAGAGUGGGCUCUGGAUCACCAGCAGGCCUUCACUGGCAGGACAGUCCUGGAGCUGGGCAGCGGUGUGGGGUUGAUGGGCAUCACCAUCUGUCGCUCCUGCAGUCCAAACAGAUACAUCUUCAGUGACUGUCACCACAAAGUCCUGCAGAAGCUGAGAGACAACGUCCACCUGAACGGUCUGACUGAGCAGACGUCUCCUACAGUCGCUGUGGAGGAGAUGGACUGGACGACAGUGACAGAGGAACAGAUCAAACAAAUCGGGGCUGACACCGUCAUUGCUGCAGAUGUGGUGUAUGACCCUGACGUUGUAAAAAGUCUGGUGAAGCUGCUGUCCAAGAUCUUGAGGUGUUCGUCUCCUGAUGUCCCCCCUGAGGUCCUCAUCUGCUCCACCAUCAGAAACCAGGAGACGUACAGCGGCUUUAAGCAGCAGCUCGAAAAAGCAGGAAUCAGCCAUCAUGUGAUCACAGAAGCCGUCAGCCACGUGUUCCCUUACAACCGAGGCUCUGCUAUAGAAAUGAUCAAACUGUACAGGUGACACAACUGUAGCACAAUAAAGAUUUUAUUUACAAAUGUA